AUGGCUGAACGAGAUUAUGAUGAUAGCAAUGAGGCCCUAGACCCCGAGCUUCUGUACACCAAAGAAUACUGCAUUGGUCAGACUCUCGCAGAUGAUCUCUGCAUAGGGACUACCUUAGGGACUAUUGCUGACCUGCUCUUUAGCGUUGAGAAACGGAGCGGCCAAGCCGUCGCCAUAAAAGUUAUCGAUAUCGAAAGCGCCGAAGACGAGGUCGAAGAUAUUAUACAAGAAAUUGCCAUCCUCUCCGAGCUUCAGUCGCCCUAUGUCACCAAAUACUACGGAUCGUAUGCGAAGGGCGCCGAGUUAUGGAUCGUCAUGGAAUAUUGCUCCGGUGGGAGCUGCGCUGAUCUGAUGAAACCGGGCAUGAUAGGAGAAGACUACAUUGCAAUUAUCAUAAGGGAGUUGCUUUUGGGUCUUGAUUACCUACACGCAGACAAGAAGCUUCAUCGCGACAUUAAAGCGGCGAAUAUUCUACUCAGUUCCAAUGGCCAGGUAAAGCUGGCAGAUUUUGGCGUGUCUGGACAGCUCUCCGCGACCAUGACGAAGAAAAAUACAUUCGUGGGCACGCCUUUUUGGAUGGCUCCAGAAGUCAUUAAGCAAUCUGGAUAUGAUCACAAGGCAGAUAUCUGGUCGCUAGGAAUCACAGCAUUAGAACUUGCCAAUGGCGAACCACCUUAUGCCGAUAUCCACCCUAUGAAAGUCUUAUUCCUGAUUCCCAAGAACACCCCUCCUCGAUUGGAAGGGAACUUCACCAAAGCAUUCAAAGAUUUCGUCGAGCUCUGCUUACAAAGAGACCCGAAAGAACGACCAGUGGCUAGAGACCUGCUCAAGCACCCCUUCGUCCGAAAAGCGAAGAAGACUAGCUAUUUGACAGAGCUGAUUGAGCGUUAUAAUCGAUGGAGUGCAACCCACAAAACAGAGGAAGAGGAAAACGUAGAAGAACGAGAAGACUCAGCUGAGCCAGAACAGGUCAACGAGGAUAUGUGGGACUUUGGUACUGUCCGCCUAGUGAGCGGCCGAGGAGGAAUAGUCAAUCGACCUGGCUUGAACCCCAUGGACGAUUCCACAAGGAAUGCUAGGGCAUCCAGACCGUUAGAACCCGAUUAUGGCGAAAGCCCUAGAGGAAUAUCACCGACUAAGGUCCAAACCCAAGAUUUUGCCAAUUCCUCCGUUACCAGCACACUGAAGGCUACAAACGCUCCGGCAAUAGCAACGUCUCGACAGUCUUCGCCCCAGCGGAAACCGGUUCCAUCCGUUACAUCAGUGACACCCGUAUCGCCCUCGAAGAUUCCAUUGCCACCCUCACCACAGAAAUACACACAAGAUCCCGGUACCCCACGAGCUUCGAAGCCGACGCCUAAUACUAGUAUUGUGUCGUCAGAUUACGACCGAGCACUGAAGGAUCAAAUGCAGCAAAACAUGGCUGCUCUUAGCAUUGCGCCUCUCCAAAUCCAAUCUGCCCAAUCUGCCCAUUCACAACAACCUAUAACACCCAAGAAUUCUCAACCUCAGCUGCCACAGCCACGCGGAAUUCCUAGACCCCUCCCUUUCACCCUCCCUGAAAUCCCUCCGUAUCGCGGACCGAGUGCGCAACACCAACCUUCGCGGGGAGCAAGCAAGGAGCAUUCUAACCCGAGCUCGCAAGCGUUCGCCUCCAAGGCGCAGCCCAAGCAGCAAGCCCCUAUGCCGGAUGCAUUUCCACCUCCUGGCCCUGCAAACCCGAACGGCGAGCUGGACGCCCUGAAUGACGUCAUCUUCCCGGCGCUCGAAGAGGCUCUCAAGCGACGGCAGAUACGGUUACAGCAAAUCUAUCGCAACGAGAAAGUUAUUACCCCACAGCGGCAGCGCGCCGAGGCAGCACAUGACCGCAUCCGCAAGCAUGUCUAUAAACUAGCCAACGUAUGUAAGGAGAUCGACCGGCUUGACAAGAGCGAGCCUGUGGGCAUGGGUAAAGACGUCGGAACUUUCCUCGAAGGGUUACUCGAGGAAAUACUCGUUCGGGUCGAGCCACUAGAUGAAGAUGAAACAUAA